AGCAGUAGCAGCAGUAGUAGCAGUGGCAACAGUAGCAGCAGCAGCGGCAGCAGCAGCAGCAGCAGCAGCAGCGGCAACGGCCAACCAGACUCGGCACUACUCGCCGUCGUUCCCCCGCCGACGUCGUCGUCGGCGUUUAGCGUCGCCAGCGGGGCGCUGCCGACGUCCAUGUACACGCCGCCGACGUACGCGAUGCCGUCGUCGCUCGGACGCGUCGGCUACGGCGACGGGUCGUCGUCGUUUACGCCCGUGCCGUGCCGUGAGGAGCUGCCGACGCAGCGACGGUCGCCAGGAUCUAGUCCGAUAUUGUCGUCGUCGAGGACGCAUCAUCGCGACGCGAUCGCGGCGAACUUGAAAGCAAAGGCGGGGAAGACGCGGCGACGGCGCACGGCGUUCACAAGCGAACAGCUACUCGAACUCGAGAAAGAAUUCCACCUGAAGAAGUACCUGUCCCUCACCGAGCGCUCGCAGAUCGCGCAUGCGCUCAAGCUGAGCGAGGUGCAGGUGAAAAUCUGGUUCCAGAACCGCCGCGCGAAAUGGAAGCGGGUGAAGGCGGGUAACGCGAACGGACGCAGCGGCGGCGGCAGCGGCGGCUCGCAGACGGCGAGUAAGAUCGUCGUGCCGAUACCCGUGCACGUGAACCGCUUCGCCAUCCGCAGCCAGCAUCAGCAGAUGGAGAAGUCCGCCAAGCAGCCGCUCAGCUGAAGUCAUGCAGCGGCGGCGACGACGACGACGACGAUGUUCGCUGAUGCCCCGCGGCGAUGGCGACGUUGACGAUUGCCAUGCGGUGAUGGCGACGUUGACGAUGGUCGGUGACGCCCCGCGGCCGAUCUCGCGAGUUCUCGCGUGACGAGUGGCUCUUCGCAGCAGACGACUCUUACUCUGGACGGCCUCACUGAGAGAGAGAGAGAAUGAGAGAGAGAGAGGGAGAGAGAGAGAAAGAGGGAGAGAGAGA